AUGGAGUUGGUUGAAAUGCUGGCGCCGGCUGCCGUGGCUGAGGCGAGGGCCUUUGUCAACCCUUGCGUGCGGCAGACUGCUGCUAGAGCGCCGGUUCGCACUCAGCAGCGCUUGCCAGGCAGUGCCACUCUUCAGAGUUGCGCUCUUCCCCUGGCAGCGGCAACUCUCUUCUCGGCGUCGCGGCGCCGCAAGACCAGACUCGCGGCGAGGCAGGUGUCUCAGGCAGCUCCUGCCGGCUCCGCAGCGGCGUGGCGGGAGAGGCAUUGGUUCCCCAUUGCCUCCACGCUGGAGCUGGACCCUCAGCGUCCCACCCCAGUGCGCCUGGAUGGCUUGGACUUGGUGGUGUGGAAGGUGCCCGGCAAAACAGAGGAGGACGGCUGGCAGGUGAUGGCAGACGCCUGCGCGCACCGCCUGGCGCCCUUGUCUGAGGGCCGGAUCGAGCCAAAGACGGGCUGCUUGCAGUGCGCUUAUCACGGCUGGGAGUUCAAUUCGCAGGGAAACUGCCAGCGCAUCCCGCAAGUGGAGGAGGCUGCAGCUCAGAAGAUGCGUGAGAGCCCUUGCUCUCAGGUGCCCUCCUUCCCCACGAGGCUUGCCUUGAAAAUGGUCUGGGUUUGGUUGGGCGAGGGCGGCCCCAAGGGCCAUCCGCUGGAUGUAGUCCAAGGCACGCACCUGGAGUCUGAGUUUGAAAUUGUCGGCACCUACACUCGGGACCUACCUUAUGGCUAUGACAGCCUUGUUGAGAACCUGAUCGAUGUCUCGCAUGUGCCAUUUGCGCAUCAUGGUUUGCAAGGCACUCGGGAUGAUGCAGCUCCAGUGUCAAUGACUAUUCCUGAGAUGAAAGGCUCAGACCAGCAAGGUGACCUCUUGAACUUCACUUUCUGGGAUCGCACAAUGCGCAUGCGUCGUGAGGCCCAGUUCUUCUUGAGAUCGCCCUUUUUCUUCUUCUACUUGGGAGAGUUCCUGGGCGACAAGGACAACGAAGAAUACAAACAGUUCACAGCGCGGCGCGGUGCAGAUCCUGAUGGCAAGCCCCGGUUUCGCCUGAACUGCGCCUGCGUGCCUGUGGCGCCGGGCUGGUCACGGCUGAUCCUUUGCGAUGCAAGUGUGCCAGGAACUGGUGGCGUCCGCAGCCAGAUUCCUCCGUGGGUCAUCCAUUUGCUGUCCAACAGAUUUCUGGACAGCGACCUGGCCUUUCUGCACCAUCAGGAGCGGAAGCUCCGGCAAGGGCCUGAUGGUUGCACGGCCUGGAACAAGGCUUACUACAUGCCAGGUGAGGCUGACCGUAGCAUCAGCGCUUGGCGGCAAUGGCUAUCCAAGGAAGGAGCUCGAUGUGUUGACCCCAAGGUCAAGCUGCCAGCUUCUCCUUUGUCGCGGGAGCAUCUGCUGAACCGCUGGGAGCAGCACUCGGCCAGCUGCAAGCACUGCCGCCAGGCCAUGGAGAACCUGGAGCUGGCGCAGACGGGCCUCUGCGGGCUCUUCCUACUGGCGCUGGGCGCGGGGCAGCUGCAAAUCACAGCCCUGUGCCUCCCCGCAGAGUUGGUGGCGGCUGCUGGGGUGGGGGGCAUUGAGCUUCUGAAGCAGGAGCUGCGCUUGCGGCAGGCCAUGACGGAGUUCAGUUCCAACCUUCCGACCAUCUGGGCCGCCGCCCACCAAGGCCCACCGUCCUCACACAAGCUGGACUACCCGCGUCGCCAGGCUGAGUGCGCGGCUUCCCAGAGUGGCAAGGUCAUUGCUGGGAACUGA